CGGCGUUGGAGAAGUUCGGUCCCGAAAAAUUGGACGAGAUCGAUGGCGACGAAGUGGCCGAUGAUGGAAGCGGCUUUACGUUGCAGGAAGUGCUGCGGCUCGGGGGGACGAAGGUGAGAUGGCGGGAGCCCCUGAAGAGCAAGAUUAUAUCAUGCUUGCUUCUUUGGAUGAGACAGAAGAACUUGUUGAUGGUGGCAAAAAAGGAGCAAUUGAUGAUCUAAAUCAAGGUGAACUGGAGACAUUUAUAAACUCAUUGGGUGUGAGCAAAUAUUCAAAGACAUUUCUGCUGGCAGAAGAAGAAGGAACAGUGGUGGAGAGUGAAGGAAAACCACAAAAGAAAGAGAGAGCUAGCCAAAAGGAAGUAAACAUAAAUACGGUAGGGAAAAAAGAAAACCAAGUGAAAGAGAGCAAAGGAAAGACACAGUCAAGUGAUGCCAAAGACAGUAAGAAAAAGUCAGUUCCUGCUACUGAUAAGACUGUGUUGCCAGAAAAAAAGAAAGAAAAGGAAGAAACUUUUCAGUUUCAUGAGCGGCAGGUAUUGCUGAUAAAACCAGGAGGCAAAUGGUAUGAUUUGGAGUAUACAAAUGAACUUUCUACUGAAACCCCAAAUUUGUCUCUUGCAUCCAAGUAUAAAACUUUAGCUCAAAAACUGUACCAACAGGAGGCAGACCUUUACAAGAAUAAGACAAAUCUGCAGAAAGGAUCAUCAUCAGCCUGGAUAAAAACAGUAGUGUCAUCAGGUACUCUUGCUGACAGAAUGGCUGCCAUGACCCUUCUUAUCCAAGAUGCUUCUGUCCAUUCACUUGAGUUUAUAGAGACCCUGGUGAAUCUGAUCAAAAAGAAAGGCAGCAGGAGACAGAGCUUAAUGGCCUUGGAUACAUUCAAAGAGCUUUUGAUGACACAUCUCUUACCAGACAAUCGUAAGCUGCACACUUUCGCUCAACGUCCUUUUGGCACUCUGGAGAAGCUGUCAAGUGGCAACAGGGAUUCAAGAGACAGGCGCCUGAUACUGUGGUACUUUGAGCAUCAGCUGAAGCAUUGGGUGGCUGAAUUUGUGCAAGUGUUAGAAGCAUUGACUCAUGAUACGCUGGUAGCAACAAAGGCUCGUGCACUUGCUGUUGCUCAUGAACUUCUCUGCAACAAGUUGGAGGAAGAGAAAGCAUUUCUUGUGCAGUUGGUAAAUAAACUGGGAGAUCCUCAGAACAAGGUCGCUACCAAAGCAUCUUAUCUGCUCGAGACUUUGCUUUAUAAGCACCCCAACAUGAAAGGAGUGGUAUGUAAUGAAGUGGAGAAGCUUCUUUACAGAUCAAACAUUAGCCCUAAAGCCCAAUACUAUGCCAUUUGCUUUUUGAACCAGAUCGUUCUUAGCCACGAGGAGAGCGAGCUGGCCAACAAACUCAUAACAAUCUACUUUAGCUUUUUUCAGUCUUGCAUCAAGAAAAAAGAUGUUGAGUCCAAAAUGCUUAGUGCUCUCUUAACAGGGGUGAACCGAGCUUAUCCUUAUGCUCAGACAAGUGAUGAAAAGGUGAAAGAGCAAAUGGAUACUUUAUUUAAAGUUUUGCACCUUGUGAACUUCAACACCAGUGUCCAGGCCUUGAUGUUGCUGUUCCAAGUGAUGGACUCUAAUCAGACAGUGUCUGACCGAUAUUACACAGUCCUGUACAAGAAACUGCUGGAUCCGGGAUUAGCACUGUGUGCCAAGCAGUCGAUGUUUCUCAAUCUUGUCUACAAAUCAUUGAAGGCUGAUAUGGUAUUGCGGCGGGUGAAAGCUUUUGUGAAGCGACUGCUUCAAGUCACCUGUGGACAAAUGCCACCAUUCGCCUGUGGAGCUUUGUACCUCGUGUCCGAGGUUUUGAAAACAAAGCCAGGCUUACGAGUGCAGCUGCAGGAUCAUGUGGAAUCUGAUGAUGAAGAACAUUUUCAUGACCUUGAAGAGGAAGAAGAAAACCUUUCAAAUGCAGAUAAAAAGACAGAAAGUAAAAUAAUUGGAGAGUCUGUGAAAGCUCAUGGCUCAGGUCCAGGAGCAUCAUGGGUUCAUCACCAAAACCUAGCAGGGAGCAAGAAUGUGGGUAGCUAUGACCCAUUUCAUCGAAAUCCUUCAUACUGUGGAGCUGAUAGGACAAGUUUCUGGGAACUGAAAAAGCUUUCGGAACACUUUCAUCCAUCUGUGGCUCUCUUUGCAAAAACUAUCCUAGAGGGCAAUUACAUUGAAUACUCCGGUGACCCCCUACAAGAUUUCACACUAAUGAGAUUCUUGGAUCGCUUUGUGUACAGAAAUCCCAAAGCACAUAAAGGCAAAGAGAAUACCAGCAGCGUGGUAAUGCAGCCAAAGAAGAAACAGUCUUUGCGUGAUGUGCGAAAUCUUGCUGUGAACAGCAAAGAGUUUCUUGCACAAGAUGAAAGCAGAAUCCCAGUGGAUGAAAUCUUUUUUCACAGAUUUUAUAAAAAGUGGGACAUGGAGAAGCAGAAACGGAAACUUGUGGGAGAUGCUGAAAGUGUGGAAGAUGUGGACGAUGAUGAAUUUGAAAGAGCAUUGGAUUCAUUUGAGCAGGAUAGUUAUUAUGACACAAUUGACAAGGAUGACCUUAAUUUUGCUGGUAAUAUAAAAAGCAAAACAGGUAAGAAAAGUCAAACUGAUGAAGUAGACUUGGAAGAUUCAGAUGAGUUUGAUGACCUUGAUGAUGAGGAAGUCUCUCUGGGUAGUAUGGAUAGAGACUUUGGAGAAGAACUUGAUGAAGAGGGAGGAACUUUCAUGGAUGUUGCAGAUGACAACAACAGUCCAGAUGAAAAUGAAGAGGAUGAGGUCAAGCCUGUCAAUAGUAAGAAAGGCAAAAGAAAAAAAGAAAUGGAUUUUGCUGGAUCAAUUAAAGGAUCAAAGGACAGCAAGAAAAGGAAACUCGGAGAUACUGGCAUGCUUGCUGCUGCAGAAGAAUUUGGUUAUUUGCUGGAUGAAAAUGUUGGAUCCAAGUUUGACAGUAUUGGGAUCAACGCAAUGGCUAACACAGAUAAUGCAAAUUUCAAGCAGCUCAGAUGGGAAGCAGAGCGUGACAGAUGGAUUCACAAUAAAGAUGUGAAAAGUAUCAUCAAACAGAAGAAGAAAUUCAAGCACAAAACACUGAAAAAUAAAAAAGGCAAAAAGACCAAAACAUAAAUAUAUAUUUUUAUAUAAACUUAAGUUUAUUCUGUUUACUUACUUCUAAUUUUUGCUGCUUAACCACGCAUCUUGAUCUGUUUCUCUUAUCCCAUAGUUACCAGACCAUUCAUUGCAUUUGUAAUAAACUGUGAAGAUACAAAGGA